UUACCUGUAAAACAAAACCGAGGGUGAACACUUCUCCUUCCGUGUUAUGUUAAGUAGAGAAAGGGAUCAACAAAUUGGGGGAAACCAAGCUAGGAAGUAAAGUUUUGUAUUGCGGACCAGGUUGACCGAUUAUGGAAAGCAAUUCGCGGCCGAAGACAGAAAUUUGCCAUGGGCACGAUUACCAUGUUUGCAAACCUUUUAAGGCCGAAUCUUGUCAAUGGGCUGAUCUCUACAGCUGCACAACCAAAAAGAGGGAAGACUACCUGGAAUGGCCCGAGUACUUCAUGGCUGUGGCAUUCUUGUCAGCUCAGAGAAGCAAAGACCCGAACUCACAAGUGGGGGCCUGUAUAGUGAACCAGGAGAAUAAGAUUGUUGGCAUUGGCUACAAUGGAAUGCCUAACGGCUGUGAUGAUGAUCAGCUGCCUUGGGCUCGGUCGGCGGCUGAUCGUCUGGACACUAAAUAUCCCUAUGUGUGCCAUGCAGAGCUAAAUGCCAUCAUGAACAAGAACAGUGCUGAUGUGAAGGGCUGUACCAUCUAUGUUGCACUGUUCCCCUGUAAUGAAUGUGCUAAACUCAUCAUCCAAGCAGGCAUUAAGGCAGUGGUCUAUCUUUCUGACAAAUACCAUGACACACCUGAGAUGACUGCCUCAAGACGACUACUCAAUAUGGCAUGUGUGCAGUUCCAGCAAUUCAAGCCGAAGAGGACCAAGAUUACCAUUGAUUUUAAUUCCAUAAACCUCCCAACGCUGGACAACUCAACAAAGUGACUAUCCAAAUUUCUGAUCAAGGCCAGCCAAAAAGCCAGAACAUGGAAGAGAAAGUGUUGCAUUUGUUAUGUAUAUACUUUUUGAGCCCUGUCUUUGUUUUUUGACAAGAUAAAGAUUACUUGCUUUUGCAAUCUAGGUAACAAGAAGAGUUUUAUAGAUAUUGUUUUCACAUUUUUAAUUGCAAAUUAAAUUGAGUUCCACCUACAAGUCUACAUGUUUUAAGUUGAAAAACAUUUUUUUUAAUCCAAAGACAUUCCCCAACUAUGGCAAAGGAGAAAUGUUGUUAAGUUCCUUGCCAUUUCACUUACAGUGGGGCAAAAAAAUAUUUCGUCAGUCACCAAUUGUGCAAGUUCUCCCACUUUCAAGAUGAGAGAUGGUCGUAAUUUUCAUCAUAGGUACACUUCAACUAUGAGACAAAAUGGAAAAAAAAAAAAGUAUUAUGGAAGCUGACCUCAAA